CCUACAGCCGACGGGAUGACGCACGGCUCGUACGUCAACUGCCGCUUGGCGCCGGGCAGAUGCAGUCCGAGAGCGGUUCGUCUCCCAGCGUUCUGCUGGUGGAGGCGUUUUACGGCGGAUCUCACAAACAGCUGAUCGACCUGCUGAAGACCCACCUGAGCGGCUGCUGCACCUUCACGCUGCCCGCCAAGAAAUGGCACUGGAGGGCGAGGACGGCGGCGCUGCACUUCAGCCAGACCAUCCCCACCUGCCCCUCAUACAGAGUUUUGUUCUGCAGCUCCGUUCUGAACCUUUGUGAGCUGGUGGCUCUCAGACCGGACCUGGCCCGUCUGAAGAAGGUCUUGUACUUCCACGAGAACCAGCUGGUUUAUCCGGUCCGCAAAGACCAGGAGAGGGACUUCCAGUAUGGAUACAACCAAGUCCUCUCAUGCCUGGUGGCAGACGUGGUCGUCUUUAACUCGGCCUUCAACAUGGACUCCUUCCUGUCCUCCAUCUCCUCCUUCAUGAAGAAGAUCCCGGACCACCGGCCCAAAGACCUGGACCAACUGAUCCGUCCCAAGUGUGUGGUCCUGUACUACCCGGUCCAGUUCCCCGAUGUCAGCAGGCUGCUGCCCGAACACAAACUCCUUCGCCGGCCUGCAGAGCCGUCUCAUAUUGAUGACAUCAUCACGCCGCAGGGCGAGCAGCAGCAUAGUCCUAAUAAACCACAGAGUCCACGACCUGAAGAACCAUCAGAAGACCAGCAGGGAGAUCCACAUCAGUCCAGCUGUGAAGCUGAAGGACAGAUGAAGCCGCUGCACAUCGUCUGGCCUCAUCGGUGGGAACAUGAUAAAAACCCGGAGCUGCUGUUUUCUUCUUUGCUGAAACUGAAACAGAAAGGACUCAAGUUUCACCUGUCAGUGCUCGGAGAGACUUUCACUGAUGUACCAGAGAUCUUCUCGGAGGCUCGGCGUCUGCUGGACUCUCACAUCCUGAACUGGGGCUUCCUGCCUGAUAAAGACGGUUACCUCGCCGUGUUGUGUCAGGCCGACGUGGUCGUCUCCACCGCCAAACACGAGUUCUUCGGAGUCGCCAUGUUGGAGGCUGUUCACUGCGGCUGUUAUCCUCUGUGUCCGAAGGCUUUAGUGUAUCCUGAAAUAUUCCCGGCAGAGUACCUGUACUCCACACCUGAGCAGCUCGUUAAGAAGCUGCAGGGACUCUGCAGGAGGCCCGACGUCGCCCGCAGACACGUCGUCAAGGUCGACACCUCGUCCUUCUCCUGGACCGCUCUGAAGCAGCGUUUCCAGACUCUGCUGGCAGACGGACGUCCCUGAACGCAGCGCGGCGGCUCUCUGCUGCAGCGUCUGCCAGGCCGCUGUCACACCUGACUCGACGCCUUGUCCCUCAGAAAGCAGCGGUGACUUCCAGCCCGAGCGUCUCUGCUCUAAAUGAAAGCAGCCGUCGUCGUGGAGACGCUGAGUCUGGACCUGUAAACGUCCUGCGUUCACAUGCUGAAGGAGGACUUUCUUUUAUGUGUGUGGUUUGGGAAGAGGGGGGUUAACGUGUAAAAGCUUUCAUGUUUCCACAGGCGGUGCCACCUCACAUAUCCGACUGGAUCCGUUUUCAUCCUUUGUGUCGUGUUUCUGUUUUUUUUUUGUUCCAGUUCGACCACACGGCUGAGCGGCGGCCAGCUGUGGUUUCUGUCUGUCGCUCCACCUGAGCUGCCACGUCUGCUGCUCGGCCGGAGAACACAUUAACUGCAGCCGCUCAGCAGACGCUCACGUCACCUUUAGAGGCUUAUUUUCUAUAAUUAUGUCAAUAAUAACAAUGAUAUGAAUCACCUUCAAAUACAUUCAGAUCUUCAUCUGAUCCACAGACUCGUCUUCUAUUUAUGGAAGCUUGUGGUAAGUCAGAAUUAUGAGAAUAAAUUCUAAACAAUGAGUUAAGUCACAAUCCUGAGAAACUUAAACUGUUAAAUAUAAAAAAAUAAAAUUUGUUUUAAAAAAGUGAGAAGUGAAUCUUAUGUGACAGGAAGUCAGAUUUAAACUGAGCGGGACUGUUUUUAUUUUUCUUUCUUGUCAUGAACUUCCAUCGAUCAAUCAACUGUUGAAACACUUUAAUGUUUUAAACCAUCUGCACAAUAAAAACCAGUUUCAGUCUCUGAGUUUGGCUGUUCGAUCAAA